AUGUGGCGGUUGCGAGCGGGUGUUCGUACCGGCAGCGCCGUUGGGCGGGCCGGCAGCCAGCGGGGCGGAGGAGUGCAAUGGUUAGUUGCGGCUUUGCAUAAAGGAGGUCCUGUCUCUUUUGUCUGUAGGAAGAAGAUGAGACUCCUUUUAUUUCUAAUAACUUGCCAGUGCACCAUAAACUGUGUCAAUACCCACCAUGUUUCAAAUCCCAAUGUCAUUUUACUGAUGGCUGAUGAUCUUGGUAUUGGAGACCUGGGAUGUUAUGGGAAUAGAACCUUAAGAACCCCUAAUAUUGACAGGCUAGCAGAGGAAGGAGUGACACUUACUCAGCAUAUAGCAGCAUCCCCACUUUGUACUCCAAGCAGGGCAGCUUUCCUGACAGGGCGAUAUCCUAUCAGAUCAGGAAUGGCUGCCUUCUCACGAGUUGGUGUCUUCUUAUUUUCUGCCUCUUCUGGGGGCCUUCCUUCUGAAGAAAUAACUUUUUCCAAACUCCUGAAGCAGAGGGGCUAUGCAACGGCUCUAAUAGGAAAGUGGCAUCUUGGGAUGAACUGUGAAAGCAGUAAUGACUUCUGUCACCACCCCCUCAGUCAUGGAUUUGAUUACUUUUAUGGGCUUACCGUGACCAAUUUUAGAGACUGCAAACCUGGCCAAGGCAGCGUAUUUUUAAAAGGGGUUCAGAAAUCCCUUGUCAUCCCAAUCCAAAUCGCUGGAAUCACCCUGGUCUCUUUGGCAAUAGUGCAGUACAUGGGCCUCCUCAAAGUACCUCUCCAAGCAUGGGGUUACUGCUUCUUAAUAACUGCUAUUUCACUUGCGGUUUUGAUCUUUUUCUUCUAUCAUUUUCGACACCUGAACUGCUUCUUAAUGAGGGACCAUCAGAUUAUCCAGCAACCACUAUCCUAUGAGAACCUUACUCAGAGACUGACAAAGGAAGCCGUGCAGUUUAUAGGAAGGAACAUUGAUGCACCAUUUCUUCUUGUCCUGUCUUAUCUUCAUGUCCAUACUGCUCUAUAUGCUUCAAAAAAUUUCAGAGGAAAGAGCAAGCAUGGUUUAUAUGGGGAUGCAGUGGAGGAAAUGGACUGGAGUGUAGGACCAAUAAUUUUAGGUCAGGUUCUAGAUGUGCUGGAGAAAUAUAGUCUAGGUGAUAAAACUUUUGUAUACUUUACGUCUGACCAAGGGGCUCAUGUUGAAGAAAUCUCCAGUUCUGGAGAAGUCCAUGGAGGAUACAAUGGCAUAUAUAAAGGUGGAAAAUCAAUGAACUGGGAAGGAGGUAUUCGUGUGCCGGGGCUUCUCCGCUGGCCUGGAGUGGUACAGGCUGGUGCCUAUGUUGAUGAGCCAACAAGUAACAUGGAUAUAUUUCCUACCAUAGUAAAACUUGCUGAAGCACAGUUACCCUCUGAAAGAAUUAUUGAUGGACAUGAUCUGAUGCCCUUACUUCAAGGAAAAGUUACCCGAUCCAAGCAUGAAUUUCUCUUCCAUUACUGUAAUGCAUAUUUGAAUGCAGUGCGCUGGCAUCCAGGAAACAGUGAAUCUGUCUGGAAAGUCUUCUUCUUCACUCCAAACUUCAGUCCUGAAGACUCCAAUGGUUGCUACGAUUCUCAUGUUUGCUUCUGCCAUGGAGGAUUCAUCACACACCAUGAUCCCCCACUGCUCUUCGAUCUUUCCAGAGACCCUGAAGAGAAAGUCCCACUGACUCCAGAAACAGAGAGCCGUUUCUACGAAAUCCUCAGGGUCAUAGACCUAGCAGUAGACAACCACACCAGAUCCCUGCAUGCUGUCCCUGACCAGCUGUCAUGGGACAACCUUGUCUGGAAGCCAUGGCUCCAGCCGUGCUGCUCAUCUCUCUUUCAGUCUUGCUACUGUGACUAUGACUCAGAAGGGAGCCUGCUGGAGGUGCAUUCGGGAUGAACAAGCUGCAGUUCCCUUUCAGAACCUGGAACAAGAGAGUAUGGGUAGCUGACUUGAACCACGGCAGUACUAGGUUUUGUUAUGUAGGAGGACCUGUCUUUAAAUACAUCAUUGCAGUAGAAGAGAGUUUCAGUCAAGAAAAUGUGCCAACAGAAGGAGAGUAAGACACACCUUUUCUGUC